GAGUGGUUGUGGCCCCUACACUUGUGUGAGAUUGAUAUACAUGUCUGUGUGUCUCCAGGAGUGGUUGUGGCCCCUACACUUGUGUGAGAUUGAUAUACAUGUGUGUUGUGGUGACCUACUCUUGUGUGAGAUUGAUAUACAUGUCUGUGUGUCUCCAGGAGUGGUUGUGGCCCCCUACGCUGUGAGUGGAGAGGAGAAGCAGGAAGAGGAUCAGGAGGCAGUGUACUACGAUGCUCUCAACACAUGGCUUGCUGAGACCCUGCAGACCAACUGCCCGAAUGUUCCAGUGCAGGCCGUGGAGGUGGACAGAGAGGGCGUGUGUAUACGAUACGCUCCUCUAGAGACAGCACAAGGGCGAGGCACAUCAGAGGAGGAUGUGAAGAAGUUUGUAAUUUGUAUGAGGGAAAAUCUGUCCGUGUUAGAUGCCACUUGUCUUCAGCGGAAGAGGUUCCGAUCUAUAGUGUCGUCUCACAGCAAUCUGGCUCUGGUGGACAUAGAUAACUGGGCCGGUCUCGGGGCUGUCAGGUACAUCCCGGAGAUGUGGCUCAACAAGAUGGCUGACCUGCCCGACAAUGGAAAGAAUGAGGUCAACAAUCUCAACAGUGAACUGGUCCAUAAACUCAAGGCUAUGGACACGGCAUUCUCUACAGGCCACACAGAUGACGACUCAGUGUGUGUGAGGUUUGGGCUCAUCACAGAAAGCACUGACAUCGAGGAGCUGGUCUCCCUCGUCUUCACCACAGGCAAGGAGGUGGAAGAGUCAUCUAAGUUCCUGGAGUCCAUGUCGGAGAUGAUCAUGAAGGGUAUUGAGGAGGCCAACAAGGAGCUGCAGAAGGAGACGGAGGAGAAGCUCAUACAAGAGGGUGUGUUGAGACAAGUCCCACUGGUGUCUUCACUCGUCAACUGGUUCUCCCCUCCUAAAGAAAUAGCAAAAGGAAGAACAUUUAACCUGUCAUCAGGCAAGAUUUUGAGCACAGAGAACACAUACAAGUACCACAUGCAGAUUCAGGAGGGCAGUGGGGAGGGUGAUGCUGGUCCGCCACGGUCACCACAGGCGACAGAUGCUCCCAAACCUGCCACCCCAACCAGCAAAACAGCUGGGGAAGUGAAAGCUGGACUUAUCAACCAAUCGGCUGUCAAACAAUCGGCUCAAACCAACCAAUCGGCUGCCAGUCAACCCGCUCAACCCAGCCAAUCCGAUCCCGCUCCUCAACCAGAUUCAUCCGAUGUAGGAAUUGAAAUUGGUAAAGAAGUAGUGGAAGGGAAACCAAGCUCAGCGGAAGAGCCCAAGGUCGUGGAGGAGGCCAGCAAGUCAUAGAGAAGCCUGGGAGGGUCACCACCUCCUGUGUCAGGCACACACUCCAUCCAGGCUAAACCAGUAUUGCUAUGCAUAAUGACACUCUAGAACUUAAUGUACAUAAAUGUUAUCACUGUACAUGAGCUUGGGGCACCAGCUUGGAGCACUCUUCUAGAAAUCCAACCUCAGUAUCUGGUGAUCAUUCGUGUUGGGAAGAAUACUUAAAUCAGUGUUGUGGAAUUAUAAUAUGGUCAUAUCACAAGGGUAGAUUCAAAUUGGUAGCUUUUGGGAUAUGUUUCAACAUGUCUUUAUGGAUGGAUCACUGGUUUAAAUGAAAGGGUUCUUUUCGGGAUAGUUUUGUAUUCAUGUUGCUUUGUUCUGAGAUGUUUUGACGAUCUCUGUGUGGGGGGGGGGAGCACGGGUGGCCCAGUUGUCGAUUCGCUGUGCAGAGUUACGUAUUGGGCACACCAAUCCCGGUUCAAAUCCCGGUUCGCCCCGAUUAUGUUUCUAGGUUUGUCAGGACCAUACCCGUGCUCGUUGGUUUCACUUAAGUGGUAAACGUCUGAGAACUGCAUCACUUCAGGCUUUCCUCCCACAUUAAGCUGACACGCCGUGAUAUAACUGGAAUACUGUUAAAAGCGGCGCUAAACCCAACUCACUCACUCACCCAACUCACUCACUCUAUGUGUGUGGCAAAAGGUGUUGCACUUGGUAUCAUGCAUUUACCAAACAUGUCAAAGUUUUGUAUUACUGAGAGUAAGCUGUGGCUGAUAUUGUCAUUCAGUGUAUAUGUGUCAUCGGUUUGUUUUCUAUGAAUUGCAGCAAACAAAUACUCUGCUGGUUAUGUGUCAUCUUAUUGUUUGAAUGGACACGGGAAUGACAGUGAAGGUGAUGAUGUGUUGGGAGAUGUGUGGGAUUUCAAACAGUCACCAUUUUUAUUGACAUCACAUUAGCUUGCCUGAAUUUCAUUGUUUGACUUGGUUUUAACUCUGACCAGUUAUCACAGAAAUCAAAGUAUCUUCGCACAUUCCUACGUCAGACAAGACCCAACCAUUAAGUAGACUUUGUCAUAGGAUUACCAAAUCAUUUAUUUCAGCAUGAAUGCCCUUGUAAGACGUGUUGAAAUUAGUUAGUUGGUCAUUAUUAAGAUGAGUAAUCUAGAUGUGUUAAGAAUCAGUGCUUACAAAGGGGAGUCUUACUAUAUAGCUGUAUAUAUGGGUUUAAAAUGAUAAUUUAUUUUUCAAAUUUAUUUGUAAAUAUUAUGUGGUGUAAAUAUCAUUGGAAAACCAUAUAACCGUGUUAUCAUAUAGUUCGUGUGGGAGUGAUUUAGUUCCAGUUUACUGGUUGUGCUUUAAGGCUUUGUGUACACUCGCCGGUUGUAAGGCUAGAUAUUUGGGGGUUGACCUGCUGCUGACCAUGACCUCUUGUGUUUGCAAUAACCUUGGAUUCAAAUCGCUAAUCCCACCUUUCCUCUGUUUAUGAGUUGUCUGUGUGAUGUCAACUCAUGCCAGACUUCCCCUGUGAUCUGUAUGUGGAGCCCAUGUAGAUAUUGUGUUUUUGUUAUUAUUGCGUUUCCUCCUGUUGCCUUGGAACUAGAAAUGUUAAGUGAUUAAAGAAAGGCCAGACUAAUUUGAUUUGCAAAACUGACCUUCAACUUUUAGCCUUUUUCAAAAAGUAGAAAUUAAUAAGAAACCUUUUAAACCCACAUUUAGAAAGUGGUUAAAUGUAACAGAUGUUAUAUUUGGGAUAACACUUUCUUAGUAAAGUACAGAUUCUAGUACUUUUAGAACUUGAGUCCCAUCCAGGAUUCGAACCCACACUGCCAGAGUGAGCACACCACACAAAGUCAGCGACCUAACCCACUCAGCCACUGAGGCUUGGAAGUGUGAUAAUUGGUAGUCUAGAUUGCUGAGUAUGAGAAUCUGUACUUUACCAAGAAAGUGUUAUCCCAUAUAUAAUAUUUGUUACAAGAAACCUUUUAUCUCAAAAGUUUGUGUCACAUUGACAUUUUGACUGAGCUCUCCAGCUCACUUCAGCAAAGAUUUCAGCUUUAGUGAAAGGAUAGAAUAUUUUCACGAACAUAUAUCCCCAAUAUGUUGGGUUGUAUUGUUGUACACAAGAAAAUAUUAUAAUAGGCACAAGCUGUAAUAAAUUGAGGCAUUGAUAUUUUUUUCUAUAGAUACUUCAUAUUUUAUUCCCAGAUACAAAUGCGUAAAAUAAUUAAUUAAGUUGAUCUGGCCUAAGUAUGAUUGACAAUUUCAAGAUUUAUGACUUUUAGAUUCCAGUUAGGCUUUCUUGUUAUUGAUAUCAUAUAAAUACAAAUGUAACAAGACUUUAAUACGUAGAAAUUCAUUUAAAUGUAGAAUAGACAAUGCAUAAUUAACAUAAUGUUCUGUAUGUUCAUUUGUGUCUCAGCAUCCUUUAUUGAUUAAUAAUGCAGCAUUAAACAACAAACAAACAAACAAACAAACAAUGUUCAUUUGAGGUCCCAACCACACUGAUUCCACUAGACACUGUACUGUUAUGUCCAAGUCAUUGUGGCCACUACAGGACUGUUCCUGCAUGUUCCAGUCACAGCCUACUUAUCCCCCAUCACUGCUCUUCAGACACAUGGUACUUUAUGAAUGUAGAAACAUAAUGACAUCUCCUUGGGUCUACUCUAGUUCGGGCUAACAACUGUCAUUUGUAAUUGAAUAAUUGAAGAAUACCUGUGGCACCACAGGGAAUAGCUUUUCAUGUUGAUGUGAACAGAAAUUAAUUGGGCAAUAUAUUUUGGUACGAUGUAUAUUGCAGGAAAUAUGUCUUCUGAAUCCAUAGUGUACCUAGGAAAACAACAACAUAGCUUUUCAUCUGUGAAUCGUUCUGAGAGGAUUUAGCCAUGAAUACAUGGUAUCUGCCACCAACACCAGACAUUAACCAUGUUAACACAAGCAUACAAAAUGCCCAUGAAAAAACAUAUGCUCUAAUUUUGUUAAUGAGAGCUACAAAUUCUUGCCUCUUUUCUUUAUCCAUUCUGUGUCAUUUCAGUCUCAAGGAUCUUGAUAAUAGAUUAAUGUACGGUAACACAAAUUAUCAAUAUAAUUGUGUCUGCAUUUACUGUAUUAUUAUAAGGGUUACGCUAUUUUUCAGGGCAUUAUCAUUUGCAGAAGCUCGAGGUCUUCUAUUAACUGCGAGACGAAGAAUCUACCAUAUUUAUCACAUGUAAUGUUUGAAUAUGGCGUUAUGGAAUAGAUACUUAGACAAAAUCGACUUGAGGAGUCCACAUUGCAAUGUAGAUGAACAAAGAUGCGUCAAUUUGAUGUCUUGCCAUGUGACAUGUGUCAGAGCUUAGUCUAACUAACCCUAUGAAGUAUGUUUUAUGUAAGGUAGGUAGAUGAGAUCUAUGGUAGUAUAUUUACACUGUAAUAUAUCAUUAAUUUACAGGGUCAACAUUUCAGACUAUGUAAUGCUGUUACUGAACCUCAGAACAAAUAUCUUUAUUUAACCUGGCACAAGCAUGUAGAUAGGUUGUGAUCUGUCAGAUUCUUACUUAAGAUUGCUGACAACAGACCACCAUUUUCCAUGAUGACAGACGUCCAUGUUUCCUGACGACAGACCACCACUGUCCAUGAUAAAAGAUCCCUACGUUCUAUGACGACAGGCCACCAGGAUGUUGUGUGAUGGUCUGACACCAGGGAUGGUCCCUGGAGAGACAGUAAUGAGAGUGUUUUUGUUAUCUCGGGGCAAUCAACACAGCUACUCACCAUCAUUAUACAGGGGAUAUCAUGCUUCUUUGUACAGCAGGUAGUUAUUGUAAUUCGAAAUCACUGCUUGUUUUGUACCACUUUGUAAAAUGAACAUUACUUCAUUAGCAUGUGAUCUUGAAAACUAUGUGGAAUUUGUAUAUGAAGCAAACAUGUUCUAGAGGACAACUGUGAUGACUGGAUUAACACAUCACCCUUCCUGCCUCUAUAGUGACAAUUGAUAUUAUCAAGCAGGAUAAGCAGAAUUUGUCAUGGUGAUAAUCAUAUGGUAAUCCAUAAUUUUUUUCUCUCUUAAUUUUGGAAACAAUAUUAGGUCAGAUAUAGUAUUGUUGUGUUUAGGUAGAUUUACAUGAAAGGUGAAGGAGGACAAUGUGACAGUGUAUGCUAGAACUUAAAAAGUCGGGACAAUGUGACAGUGUAUGCUAGAACUUAAAAAGUCAGGACAAUGUGACAGUGUAUGCUAGAACUUAAAAAGUCAGGACAAUGUGACAGUGUAUGCUAGAACUUAAAAAGUCAGGACAAUGUGACAGUGUAUGCUAGAACUUAAAAAGUCAGGACAAUGAAAAGUUAUCCCCAGUAACACACAUCAGAACUGUCCUCAAUAAUAAUUUCGUACUGACAAAAUCCUUUUGAUGAUCAAAAUCUUUUUCACUCAAUUUUGGUAACAAUAUAAGAACAAGUUUCACAAAUGUCCUGAAAAAUAUGUUUAAAAUGGUAAAAUUGAAGAACUACAAAUACAAUCAAGGUCAUAAGAAACCAAUUACACUUGCCAUUAUAGGUAAGAUUUAUUUUGUGUCUGGAAAUGAAAUUAUCUUGGUCGAGUUGCAGCUGUAAUCCUAUAAAAAAUUUCCUUUCAUUGCCAAACUUUCUUCAAAGACUUGCCGGAAUUGUUUUCUUUAUUCCAUACAUGUCUGAAUACUUUUUAUAUUCUUUGAUGGCUUACACAUAACCACACAACACAUUGGGUACUGGUGUUUCUGGAGCAGAAAUGACUAUACUAUUUUUUGUUCAAUCAAACUUGCCAUUAUGUUUGUUUUUUCCUUCAAGAGAUUACAACUUAAGAAAUACGGCAGGGGCAUGUUUAAAAUGUAUUGAUUUGUCCCUGUUUGAAAUGGGGUGAUUGAUAAUAAUGAAGGUGAGAGGAGACAGUUAGGGUGUCGUUUGUCAGUCUUAAAUAAGCAUGUGCUUGUAAGUAGACAGUUGAUCCAAUAUUAGGAGGAUGUUGGUUGGGGUCAGACUGGGUUGUAGCAGAUAAGAUACCUUCAUCACAUCAUUAUCAACUUCAUUGAGCCUGAUUUAUUAUUCUGAGUUUAUGAUAUGACAAAAAUGUGUGUUUCUGUAAACGCUAAUAUUCUUUGAGAAAAUGCAUCAAUUGUGUGUGGUUAGGAUGACAAAGAUAAUGAGAUUUGACCAAGCAUCUGUACUUAUUUUAUUGUUUAGCGGGGGCACGGAUGGCCCAGUCGUCUAAGGUACCGCAAUUCACUGUGCAGAGUUGCGCCCCUUGGGCACACCAGAAACCUAUGAUUGUGGGUUCAGAACAAAUGUACUAUGAUCUGUGACCUAUCAGUUCCAUGACUAACCUAACAAAUCCCACUGUGUCUGGGACAGCUGUGAUGGCCAGUUGAUGCCACCAGAUCUCACUGAUAUAAAUGACCUGUCUGACACUUGAGGAAGACACAAGCAGCUCCUGUUAGAUUCAGAACCGUUGUUGGUCCCAGUCACAUCAUCACCUGAUAUUAUAUAUACAACUCCCAUAAUGGAAUAUUGGGGAUAAUUGCUUCUAUUUUCAUUUAGUCUUUUUUGUCAAGCGUUAAGAAGAAUAGAUGUUUCAUUGCUUAUUGGUUCAAAGGAUUAUGUUCCAAUUUCAAAAUCUCUUUAUAAAAAGUCCCCCUUUGAUCCCAUUAAUGGUUAGAUUUGACUAAUGUGAACAUACAGAGGACCACCUUUAUCUCUCUAAGUCUGUUAAUACAACCUGAUGUAUCCUUGUAUAUCAUGUUCAGACUAAUAUUUUAGAAGCCUGUUGUUAAGGUAUUUGUAUGUGAUAUUAUUUAUUGCUACACAAAAUCUUGUUUUCUGUGAAUUUAUAUUUUAGUGAAAUAAUGUUAAAGAAACAUUUUGUUGAAGCAUUUAACCUGCUUUAACCUUAAAAUGUGAUUUAAUUUAUUGUUUCCUUUUGUUAUCCUUAUAUUUCACAUUUUUGUCUAUCAUAAACUGUUUCCGUUUUUCAUAUGAAUAGUAUACUUUUAAGUAUUUGUUGGGACAUUUGUACAUAUAUUUUGGUGGUCCAAAUGUCAUAGGGACAACAUAUUGAAACAAAUGUGGACUUUAUUGAAUAAAAUGGUAAAAAGCCA